AUGCACAGACGCUCGUCUGGCUCGCCGGCCGAGGACGACGCUGAAGAAUCCCUGGCCCCCGUCUCUCGCACCCCGACAGACCCGAGUCCUGCGCCUCAAGUCCUCGACCCGCCGGAAAAAUCGCGUCCGCAGGCCGCUGCCAGGACCGGCACCAGCUUCGAUCUUCGUCGAGAUGCCUCCAAUCCGCGUUCCCGAAAUUCUAGCCUUUGGCGCACUUCCUCCUCCACUGAAUCCCGCUCCUCCGCCGUUAUGAUGCCGCUGGCUUCCCAGCGAUUGCCCAUGGAAGCCUCCCCGGACGGUCACCUCCGCUUUCGACCGUCGCGCCUCCGCAGUCCCUGGCCCGUUUCCAUCCUGACCGCGCUCACCACCCUAGUCGCCUCGAUAUUCCUCUUUUUCAUCCUCCGGUCCUUCUCCGAACGGCAGAUUGGCGGCGAUGGCUGUGGGAUUCCCGUCAUGAGUCCUACCUUCCUCCGCAUGGUGGGUUUCGAUACGGAACAUACCCGGUUCGCGAGCAAGUAUAAUCUGUUCCUCUAUCGGGAGGAGGGUGUCGACCCGUACAACCAGGAGAACUUGGGCUUAAACGGUGCCCCUGUCCUCUUCCUCCCCGGAAAUGCCGGCAGCUAUCGACAAGUUCGCUCUUUGGCCGCCGAAGCUUCGAGACACUAUGCCGACGUCGUCCGACAUGACGAGGAGCGGCUCAAAUCUGGUACCCGCAGCCUGGACUUUUUCAUGAUCGACUUCAACGAGGACCUGGCGGCCUUCCAUGGCCAGACACUACUCGAUCAAGCGGAAUACGUCAACGAAGCCGUGUCAUACAUUCUCUCGCUCUAUCAUGAUCCGCGACGGUCACGGAGGGACCCUAGCCUUCCCGACCCCAGCGCGGUCAUUUUAAUUGGGCAUUCCAUGGGAGGCAUUGUUGCACGCACGGCGUUGACAAUGACGAAUUACCAGGCCAACUCGGUCAACACAAUUGUCACCAUGUCUGCACCGCACGCAAAGCCCCCGGUCUCGUUCGAAUCGGACAUCGUUCAUACAUACAAGCAAAUCAACGAUUACUGGCGCGAGGCCUACUCCCAGACCUGGGCCAACAAUAACCCGCUGUGGCACCUCACACUGAUCUCGAUCGCGGGUGGUUCGCGCGAUACGGUGGUUCCGUCGGACUACGCUAGUAUCUCGUCCCUGGUACCGGACACGCACGGCUUCACGGUAUUUACAUCGACGAUCCCUGAUGUCUGGAUCGGUAUGGACCAUCUAUCUAUCACGUGGUGUGACCAGUUCCGCAAGGCGAUCAUCAAGUCGUUGUUUGAUGUGGUCGAUGUCCGCCGGGCCAGCCAGACAAAGCCCAGGGCCGAGCGCAUGCGGAUUUUCAAGAAAUGGUAUUUGACCGGGCUGGAGCCGACCGCUGAAAGAACGCUUCCGCAGAAAGAACCGUCUACGUUAUUGACGCUGGAGGACAGCACCAACCUGAUCCUGCCGCAAGGCCAGCGUCUGAUUCUUCGCGAGCUCGGCCACAGCCCGAAUACCAACGUCCACCUGCUUCCCGUCCCGCCGCAAGGUGUGUCAGGGAAGAAGUUCACCCUUCUCACAGAUCAGAAAUUGGACAACCCCGGAGAGCAGGGGACAUUGGAGGUUCUCUUCUGUAGUGUCUUCCCAUUGCACAACGGCAAGUUUGCCAGCGUUUUCUCGAUGAACAUGGACUUCUCUGGGAGCAGCGCGGGCUCGACGCGUCUGGCUUGCAAGAACGCUGCGGAGGAUGGCAUACACCUGCCAGCGUCGACGCGGACCUCUAAGCAGGCGUAUGACCGGACCUCUCCCUUCUCAUAUCUCCAGUACGAUCUGGAGGAUUUGGUCGAGCAUCAGUUUGUGGCUGUGGUCGACAAAGCGCGGUCUCCAACUCGCGGCUGGGUGGUGGCGGAAUUCUCGGACAGCUCUGACUCGGUCAUCCGGGCUCGUGUGGGUUUGGGCGGCUUGCUCAGUGCUGGACUGAAGAUGAGACUUCCGGCGAACCGCCCAAUGCUCACUGAGGUGAAGAUUCCGGCGCUGCAUUCGAGUCUGUUGAACUACAAGCUCAAGAUCGUCCGUCGGGGUUACGGAGAACAGCCCGAGCUGUUUGCACCGCUAUUGCGCCAGUCGAUCCCUGAUCCCCACGAGUCCAAGUUCUUUGUCAAUGUGAAGCAGGUCAAUGUCAAUCUGCACGGAGUCGCUCCGUUCAUGCCACCGCCUCUUCGCGAGCAAGCCAGCUUGGGUGGAGUGUCUUUCCAGAUGUGGACGGAUCCGAGCAGCGAGUCAACGGUUGAUAUCUCCUUGUCAGUGGACGUUCUGGGCAGUCUGGGUGAGCUCGUGAUGCGGUAUCGCACCGUUUUUGCUGCCUUCCCGAUUCUGGUAAUUGCUUUGGUUUUGCGCAAACAGUUUCAGGUGUAUGACGAGACAGGUUAUUUCAUCACCUUCGCAGAAGGGUUGGAUAGCACACUGCGGUCGUCUUUGCCAAUUUUGCUGCUCGCCAUGUCGUUGCUGGCUUCAUCUCUGGCUACAUCGACUACGCUGCCUCCGAGCGAUGAUCCAUUUCAUUGGCGUACUAACUCCACGGAAUCGCCCAUUGAUUUCACGAAGAACGACCUACUGCUGGGAUCGCAAGACGCAUUCUUUUGGUUCUUGGUCCCUAUAUUCGGUCUGAUCAGCGUCGGUGUCUGCGUGAUGAUGAAUUACGUGGCGCUGUCCCUGCUCUCGGUUUUGUCGUUCUUCUAUGGUCUCCUGAACAGCAAGUCGGGGUACAUCAAGCGUGAUGACAAGGGCAACCUUCCCAUCUUCUCGACACCUACACCGAGACGGCGGUUGAUCAACACGGCUGUUCUGCUGCUUCUCGUCGCGACUACUAUCCCAUAUCAGUUUGCCUAUAUGGUGGCAUGCAUCGUGCAGCUCGCUACUUGCGUGCGAGCCCAAUGGCAUGCGAAAGAAACGAAAUCUACGACUCAUUAUAAUUUCGCCAAUUUUACAUACUCGAUCUUUCUCCUGAUGCUGUGGAUCCUGCCGAUCAACAUCCUUGUCCUGCUCGUGUGGGCGCAUAACCUUGUGGUGCACUGGUUUAUGCCAUUCUCCUCCCACCACAAUGUGCUGUCCGUCAUGCCGUUUAUUCUGCUCGUUGAGGCCAUGACCACGGGGACGAUGGUGCCUCGAGUCAGCACACGGCUAAAAAACAUCACCUCCCUCCUUCUCUUCGCCCUUGCCAUCUACUCCGCCGUCUACGGUGUCUCCUACGGCUACCUUCUCCAUCACCUCACUAAUCUUUUCGCCGCCUGGCUCGUGGGCAUCUACCUCUUCAGCAGCGGCUUCUCUCCCCGCCGACUCUGGCGCAUCCUAGAAGGCGAUGACGCGAGCUCCCCGCCCGAAUCAGGGAGUCACGUGAAGAAAAAACCAUAAUCCUACAUACACCAUACAUAUCUUAUUCUUCUCUUAUUAUUAUAUGUCCCGUUGCAUCUUACCGGUUGCCGGACCAUGAUUAUAUGGCGUUGUUCUGUUACCUUGGGAGCGGUGUUUGCUUUUUUGUUUUCCUCUGACCUUGGGUCAUGUACAGGAUUGUGCUUAUGUGCUCAUAUGAAUGAUUUUAUACUAUAUUGUGUGGAAGGUGGGAUCAACGAUGGCGGAUGGAUGUAUCUUAUUAGCUUUGUGUGUGUUGUUGAUACUGCCAGAGUGUGAGUGUGUGUUUGUAUAUACCGUUGGAUUUGGAAAUAGACUAUUGGCCGGGUAAUAGUGAUGAGAGAUGGUGUUGGUGUUCAUAUUCCUAC